AUGGACCGCACAGAGGCGCUGCGUGAGUUGUUUGACAAGAGCAGCCCAUACGUGAGUGACUGCGAGAAUUUCGUUGUGCUAGGCAUUCUGCGCGAGCACCCGUUCAACAGAGCCUUCGCCGCCGUCAGCACUGCCGCCGAUGUCGCGGUGCGGGCAACGCGCUCACGCAUCAAGGCAGCACUGCGCGCGAUGGAGGAGUGCAGCCCCGCUGUGUCAGAACUGGAGAGUAUCCUUCUAUUGCACGAGGCUGAACUGCUUUCGGCCUCGAACACCAUAAAGGACCUCCUCGCCUCCCUCAUGGAGGCGAAGGAGCAGCUGAAGAAGCAGCAUAGCAGGUGGGAUGGCUUGUUCUUAUUUGCGAAGGAAGAAACGCAAUCUCCCACUACUGCAAAGCCAUCGCUGCAGUUGCUGCAACAUUUGGAAGCCGCACUGGAAACACUCGAAGGGACAGUGGGCCGCUGGCGACUACGCCUUGCACUUUGCAAGGAGGAGCUGGCGUUGUAUAAACAGGAGAUGUUUGCGUUUGGGCGGGCGGGUGUGCUCUCUUGUUCCGACCCCGCAAAGACGCAAGAGGGUGGCAAGGAUAGGCAUCUGUCAAGGGAUAACAACAUUUCUCAGAGUGUCUCGUGUCUACGAAAUUCCGAAGAAAGGCCGCGCUCUGCUGUUGCUGUGGUGUCUGUCGUUGACCGCGUCCUUAAGAAGGCGGCGCGGACCGUCACAGCUGCCCCGCUGCAUAGUGGGGCGCACGUGUGGUCGCUGAUGCGUGGCCAUGGUGAAACGGGCCUGCGAGACCUGGCGUCACCUGAUAGGGCUGCCCCUCAAUUUGUGUACACCGCGGCGGAAGAGGAGCGACUUGCACAAACGAAUGCGGCGCUACUGGAGCAGCAGAAGCAGGCGUCUGCGGAGGAUGCCAAGGCGGUUGAAGCAUCUGUUCGUGAACUCUCGCAGCUGACGUCCCUCAUGAAUGAGCGGGUUCUGCAGCAGAAUGAGCAAUUCUCCAUUCUUCUUAAGAACACGGAGGCGGCGCAGAGCAAUAUGCAGAAGGGAGUCGGUGAGGUAGGCAAGUCUCUCACCUAUUUUUGGAACUCCACACGUCAGCUUAUCGCCUGCCUGUGGCUCAGCACCUUGGUGCUGUUGAUCGCCAACUGGGUUAUUCGAUAA